CCUGCCAAUGUCAAAGGACGGUCCGGAUCCCGGAUCAGCUGUCGUUCCUCCCCCUCCCACCUUCAAGUCAACUCAACACAACACAACAGUCACCGUCUAAACAAGACCCAGGCGGAGACGAAGACACAAGUGCCUCCUGUGAAGACAGAAGUCAGGUGCACGGCAGCUCCUCGCAGUUUUUAGGCACAAUGAACUCCCUCCCUGGAAGAGCAGCUCUGUCCCUGUGCAGGCGCACGGCCGCCGGUGGGAUGCGGAUCUUGUCCGGUGCCUCGGGUCUCCCUGCAGGGGGUCUGCCCCCGGACCGGGCCUCGGUCCAGGCCGUGCGGGUCUGCCACUCCGGGGCGAGCCGCAAGGGCAGCGUCAACACCAAGAAGCGGGGCUUCGACAUCACCAGAAACCCCCACCUCAACAAGGGAAUGGCAUUCACUCUGGAGGAACGCUUACAACUGGGCAUCCAUGGCCUGCUGCCACCGUGCUUCCUCUCCCAGGACGUGCAGGUGCUGCGCGUCAUGAAGAGCUACGAGACCCGCGUCAAUCCACUGGACAAGUACAUCCUGCUGAUGACGCUGCAGGACAGGAACGAGAAGCUGUUCUACCGCCUGCUGACCUCUGACAUCGAGGAGUUCAUGCCCAUUGUGUACACUCCCACUGUCGGCCUGGCCUGUCAACAGUAUGGACUCGCCUUCAGGAGACCACGAGGACUCUUUAUCACCAUCCAUGACCGAGGACACAUCGCCACCAUGCUCAACUCCUGGCCUGAAGAAAACAUCAAGGCCAUUGUGGUGACAGACGGAGAGCGUAUCCUCGGCCUGGGUGACCUGGGCAGCUAUGGGAUGGGGAUUCCCGUUGGGAAGCUGGCGCUCUACACAGCCUGCGGUGGAGUUCGGCCCCAGCAGUGCCUCCCCGUGCUGCUGGACGUCGGCACGGACAACCAGGCGCUCCUCGACGACCCUCUGUACAUCGGACUGAAGCACAAGAGGAUCAGAGGGAAGGAGUACGACGAUCUGAUCGAUGAGUUCAUGCAGGCGGUGACGGACAAGUACGGGAUGAACUGCUUGAUACAGUUUGAGGACUUCGCCAACAGCAACGCCUUCCGCAUCCUCAACAAAUACCGGAAUCGAUACUGUACCUUCAACGACGACAUCCAAGGAACGGCCUCUGUAGCUGUUGCUGGUGUCUUAGCUGCUCUCAAGAUCACCAAGAACAAACUGUUGGACCACACAUUUGUUUUCCAGGGGGCAGGCGAGGCUGCUUUGGGCAUCGCCCACCUGCUCAUAAUGGCCAUGGCUAAAGAGGGACUAACUAGAGAGGAAGCAGCCAAGAGGAUCUGGAUGGUGGAUUCAAAAGGUCUCAUUGUAAAGGGCAGAGGCCAUCUGAACCAUGAAAAGCUCGAGUUUGCACACGACCACCCGCACCUGAAGACCCUGGAGGAGGUGGUGCAGACCAUCAAACCCACCGCCAUCAUAGGCGUGGCCGCAAUCGGAGGAGCAUUUACCGAGAAGAUUAUCAAAGACAUGGCGUCGUUCAAUGAGAGGCCGAUCAUCUUUGCACUGAGUAAUCCUACCAGCAAGGCCGAGUGCACAGCGGAGCAAUGCUACAAUCUCACAGAGGGCCGGGGCAUCUUUGCGAGUGGAAGUCCAUUCAACAAGGUGACGCUGUCUGAUGGGCGCACCUUCUACCCCGGACAGGGAAACAACGCCUACGUCUUCCCUGGAGUCGCGUUGGGCGUCAUAGCCUGCAGAGUGCGCCACAUAUCUGACGACGUCUUCCUCACCACUGCAGAGGCCAUAGCUGACAUGGUAACAGAGGAGCAUCUGGCCGAGGGAAGACUUUAUCCUCCCCUCAGCACCAUCAGAGAGGUGUCCUUCAAGAUUGCGAUGAAGAUUGUCGACUACGCAUACAGAAACAACAUUGCUUCCCUGUACCCCGAGCCUAAGGACAAGGAGGCGUUUGUGCUGUCUCACAUCUACAGUCCCGAUUACGACUCCUUCAUCCUGGACACGUACACCUGGCCGCAGGACGCCAUGAACGUCCAGGACGUGUGACGUGGGCCGCGUCUCUCCAAACCUUAACGUGCUGCCGUGGUGUCACGUGCAAGUUCUGCGUCGUCUCCUUUCGAAAAAUAUUUGCAGACGAUUUUUUUGCCUUUUAGACUUUGUUUGUUUGGGUCUUUUAUUAAUGUCGGUGAAUGUCUGCCCCCUCCCCAACAGUGGUCAUUAUAAUGAAGCGCCAGUCGAGUGGCGCAGAAUAAGAUAUUCCGUUCAAGUUUUAUUUUUUUUCUCCCCUAUUUUCGUGUACUUUUUUGUUAGAGUUUAGCAUAUCAGAUGUCUAUAUGAAGCUUGAGCUACACUCCUUCCUCUAGAUUGUCCAACUAAGAUGUCGCUUAAAAUAAUCCUUGUUUAUGAAUUGACUGUAUUGCACAAUGCUUGUACUGUAAAACAGAAACAGAAAACAAGUCUAAUUUUACAGCUUGAAAUAUAAAAAUGAACUAAGACAAGACACCAGAGGACACAGCCAGCUCAUCCCUGUAACCGCUCCUUAUUUUACACUCCUCUCAUAUUUUAACCGGACUGAAAGAUCUGUGCUGCCUCUCUGUCUCAAUCAGUCCCUUGUGAUGGCAGGCUCUACUGUUUUCUUGAAUGUGUUCAAACGAAACUUUGCCUGAGAUUUAAAAAUCUCCAGCUGGAUGUUUUUUUCUUCUUGUUCACAGUGGUGUGUUUUCCUUUUAGUUUUUUUUACAGAGCUCUGCCUGUUUUAUGUAUUCUUUUUUUUUUUUGCCAAAGUUACUGAAGAACUGUUCGUUUUAGAGAAUGAAGGUGUACAAGCUUUAGUACCGAGAGAUGUUUUCAAUGGGAACAUGAAUCUUUUUAAAUAAAACUGUUUAAAAAUG